AUGCGCCGAUGGGCGAUGAAGUUUGGAGCCAAGGGGCGGUACUGGGGCACGUGCGUGAACCCGGGGGUGCUCAACGACGGGCGCGCCAGCGCCGUCGUCAAGAACGGCGAGGACUUUGGCUCCUACACGGCCGAGAACGAGAUGAAGUUUGACGCGCUCGAGCCGUCGCGCGGCAACUUCAACUACGGCAACGCCGACCGCAUCGUGACGGCCGCCAAGGCCAUCGGCGCCCACAUGCGCUGCCACGCCCUCGUCUGGCACGCCCAGGUGCCCGGUUGGGUCCGCAACGGCGGCUUCAACAAGGCGACGCUCAUCAGCAUCAUGGAGACGCACAUCAAGAACGUCGUGGGCCACUUCAAGGGCUCGUGCUACGCCUGGGACGUGGUCAACGAGGCCCUCAACGAGGACGGCUCGUACCGCACCGGCGACUCCAUCUGGGGCAGGACCAUCGGCGCCACCGAGUUCAUCCCGCUCGCCUUCAAGGCCGCCCGCGCCGCCGACCCGGCCGCCAAGCUGUACUACAACGACUACAACUGCGACAAGCCCGGCCGCAAGGCCACGGGCGCCCAGAACCUCAUCAAGAUGGUCAAGGCCGCCGGCGCCCCCAUCGACGGCAUGGGCCUGCAGGGCCACAUGAGCGUCGGCCAGGUCGGCCCCGUCAGCACCCUGGUGCAGAACCUCAACGCCUUUACGGCCCUGGGCGUCGACGUCGCCUACACGGAGCUUGACAUUGCCGCCCGCAGUGGAUCGAGCCAGUUCGCGCAGCAGGCAACCGACUACGGCUACGUCGUCCAGGCUUGCAUGCAGGUCAGCCGCUGCGUAGGCAUCACCGCUUGGGGCUUCACCGACGCGCACAGCUGGAUCAGCGGCGGCAACGCCCUGAUCUGGGACUCUUCGUACAACAAGAAGCCAGCCUACAACGCCAUACUGAACGGCUUUGGCCGUUAA